AGCCGGCUGGCGUGUCGCGUUUCCCAUCUCAUGGCGGAUGUCGCGCGGUGGGUGACGUCGACGUAUGCGCGGGUUUCUCUCGUUACUACAUAGCGGCCGCGGCGGCGCUCGUCGUGACACCGAAGCCGAGCUGCACCCAGCGUCGUCUGCUGCUUCGCGUCUCCGUCGCGACGCGCGGGGAAGCGUGCACAGUUCGUGCGGUCCGUCCUCCUGCCAGCUCCGUGCACGGCUUCUUCUUUAUUUUGCGAACGGCCGGCACGUAGGUUACGAACACUCGAACUGCUGAGGCGAGCUGUGGAGAGUGAUGAGAACUGCUUGCAAUGCUGUGCUUCUGUCCCUGAUUGUGGGAGUCAUGGCACGAGAGCAGUUCCCACUGCUGCGACGCAGAAGAGACGCUACGGCGACGACGCGCACGCAACUGGAAAGCACCGAGCCCCAGGACGUGAGGCACGUCAAGGAGGGCGACGUCGCCUCGUUCACCUGCGCGGCGGCCAGCCACGAGCCGAUGCGCGUCGAGUGGCGACAUAACGGCAGCCUCGUCCGGCACCAGCCCGCCGCGGUCGACGAGGGAAACUCUUCGCGCACCAAGGCCUCCCUGCGCGUGUGGCACGCGCCCCUCAGUCCCGAGUCCGGGGCGACGCUGACGCGCAGCCGGCUUCGGCUGACCAACGUGUCGGCCAAUCAUUCGGGCGUGUACGCCUGCCACUUCAGCGACGGCCUGGGCACGCUGGCACGCAGCAGCCGUCUCGUCGUCCAGCCCAAGGCAUCUAACGGAACCGGCCCUAAAGACAGUCAGUGUGGCUCCGAGGCGCAAUGCUCGAACAAGGGCGAAGUGUGCGACGGCAAAGAUUCCUGCCGCUGUCCCGACGGUUCAAUCUCGACAGAAGGGUCGUGCCCAGAACUUUACAGCGGGCCCCACUUGGCGAGCAUUUUGGCCUGGGUCUCGAGUGCUGCUGCAGCGGCCGUCCUGCUAGCGGCGCUUGCUGUGCUGGCGACGCGCAGGAUACGCAGAACGGCUGGAUCCACUCUUCUCCAGAAUGUCCCGGACGAUGACGGCUUGGAGCAGAAUGCCUCGAGGAGGAGCUCCUUUAUCACCAUGACGUUACCAGCACCCUCUGAACUAGCAUAAUUAAAUGUUUCACCCCUUGUGGA